ACGUACCAGGAAGUUCAAUUCGUUGGAAUAAACGACAUGUUUGAGUCGGUGGGAUAAAAUCAUCUCCUUCUGCUACGUUAUGGAUCGUACCAAUAGUGAAAAAUAAGAGAUCCACAUUUUUAUUAUUCUUGUUUUGAAUCGGAUAUUUACAAAACCGACGUCAGGCAAUGUCGAAGGCUGUGAUGCGUAUCAACCCCUACAUUCGUAUACAAUGCUACCUACACAAGUAUGCCACAGGUCUAUGCAUUUGAUAACGUCUUUAAGACUGCCAGGUAAUACACAUGCAUGUUUAGUCGGAAGAAAUCUACGGAAUACAUGUAUUUACCAUGAGUGGUGACGGAUCUAUAGUACCAAGUAUUUUCCUGGAACCACAAUCGACGAUAGGAGCUCAGGAUCUAUUACGCCUAGGAGUCAAAUAUUAUGGAUUCAUCCGAAAACGUGGGCAAUUAGAAAGAACCCUACUGCAAAUACCGGUUCUAAAAUUAAUAGUAACAAAAUGGCGGCAAAAGUUUAUGGUGAUUUCCAAAGGAUGCUUGUACAUUUACCACGACGAGUUUGCUACGUCACCGUUCCAAUCAGUUUCACUAAGGGGAUACGACCAAGUCGUGAGGGAAAAAGCACAAGACUCAGACCGCAUGAAAAGCUUUAGACUAUUUUCGAAAGAACAGCAGGGACGCAAACAGUUUACGUUUGGAUCGGCAAGUGAGGAUGAUCGCAAGAAAUGGAUGAAAACCUUGAAAGAAGAAAUGUUGUUAGCCAACGAAGCUGUUGAAGAGGAAGAUGAAGAUUCUAAUGAUUUCAAUGAACAAGACGACGAACCGGAAGAUGAAUACACUUACCUUGAAAAGCAGGUCAAGGUCAAAAUAUAUCCUCCAGUAAUACCACCAAGAACUGUCGCCGCGAAACCAAAGACUUCAAGUAAAGCUAACAACAAAACGAAACAGCCAGAACCGGAAAGUGAUUCGGAUUCGGAUUAUGAUAAGAUAACUGAAGGGGAACUAGCCCAAAUACGGAGUUCACGACCCCCCUUACCAGCCAUUCCUGAACCAGAACAAAAGAUUAAAGUUCAGGUGCGAACGAAACCUAAGCCCUUACCCGCAGCUAAACCACUACUUAAUAAACAAGUAUCCAGAGACGAUUUUGAGUUUAAAGGUUCAGAUCGUAUACAGGUUCAAAGAAUUCUUUCAGCAAGAACUUCGGGAACGUACUUAGUCCGCCAAUCAAGAACGAACGAUAAUGAAGUAUUAUCAGUUCAAACCGUUGACGGCUUGAAAGAAUUUAGAAUUUUUGAAAAGGAUGGCCAAUAUAGUAUAGAUCACAAAGUCUUCUUCAAGACAUUAGAGCUGCUCCUUCAGCACUACAGUAAAGCUGAACUUCCCAAUCGCCAUGACUCUCUCAACAGAGGAUACAGCUGUACCGAUCUUACUGUGCCAAUGUAACAAUAAAUACAGAUUCCUUUAACUAAAUAGUAUUGUCUCGCAUUAAAGUAUAUCAUUCAUAUUCUCGGAUCCAAAGACAAAAUAUUGUAAAUUGCACGUUUUUUGUUUUCCUAUCUUGGCAUCUCUAUGCUAUCUGUUCUCGUAUGACAUUGGCUUUACCGAAGACGAUACUUAGUAUACCUAGUAUACCAAGUAAAAUAACAUGUAUAAGACACUCUGUCUGUGUACAGAUAAUAGCCGCCGCUUCAAUACUAACACAUGGAAUCGUAUCCGAAUAAGUCCCUUUAUUGUAACAGUGCAUUAAGUUAUCCUUGUCCAUGAUGCUGUUUUAUAUCGUAUUAUGUACCUCAUUCUAACAUUACAUGAUUUACGCGGAUGUACCGGUUUUCCUCAGGUAGAAAUGUUACGUUCACUUCUGAGAAGGAAC